AGGAAGCGAAGGGAGGCAGGGAGGGAGGCGGAGCCGGCCUGCCGUCCCCCGGCGGGCGGUGCCGGCGGCCUGGGGCAGGGCGGUGCGGACCGGCAGACACGGAGCGGAGCUGGUCGCGUCGGGAUGUCGGGCGAUCACUCCCGCAGCCUGGGCAAGGGUAGCGCGGCGCCGGGCCCGGUGCCCGCGGGGCUGCUCCGGCUCUACAGCAUGCGCUUCUGCCCGUACGCGCAGCGGACGCGCCUGGUGCUCCGCGCCAAGGGCAUCAGCCAUGAGGUAAUCAACAUCAAUCUGAAGAACAAACCUGACUGGUACUUUGAGAAGAACCCCUCUGGGCUGGUUCCUGUUCUGGAGACCAGCAAGGGCCAGCUGAUCUGGGAGUCCCCAAUCACCUGUGAGUACUUGGAUGAAGCAUUUCCAGGGAAGAAGCUGAUGCCUUCAGACCCCUAUGAGCGAGCCUGUCACAGGAUGCUCUUGGAAGACUUCUCAAAGAUACCAUCCUUGCUUUUCAAGCAUGUUUUGGCAGUCAAAGAUGGACAGGACACCACUGCACUGAAAGCAGAGAUUGUUGAAAAGUUUGGCAAACUUGAAGAGGUCCUGUCCAAACACAACACGUCGUUUUUUGGUGGGGACUCAGUCUCAAUGGUUGACUACAUGAUCUGGCCGUGGUUUGAACGUCUGGAACCAUUCCAGCUGAAAGACGCUGUGAAUCACACCCCAAAGCUCCAGCGCUGGAUGGAGGCCAUGAAGGAGGACCCUGCUGUCAAGGCUACAAUCACUGACCCACAGACAUACAAAAACUACCUCCAGCUGUAUCUGAAGAACAGCCCUGAGGCAUGUGAUUAUGGGCUCUGAGGUGCCAGUAGGAGCGUGCUGGCUCAAGUGUUAAUGCUGUUUUUCUGUGUGGGAAGUCAGUGUAAUUUGGUGGGGGCUCUUCUGUGGUUACAUUUCAUAGUGGGGAAUAAAUCUGUGCUGAAAAGGCUGAGGAACUUUCUGUGAACUUCACUCCUUCCUGUUGGGGGAAGGAUGCGCUGGCUUCAAGCAGGAGAUGGAAAAUCAUUUUUGGCCAUGAAUAUUGCAUAAAAGAAAAUGUCUCUUCUCAAGAGGUGAUGUUCUGUAACCUCUGGCCUCUUUGUAGGUAUUGCAGUGGGCAGUCCCUGAACUGAUGCUGUUUUCUGAUUUUUAAAUACUGUAAUACCGUAAUACUGGUGUCUUGAAAAUUAAUAAAAAAGCAAGUAAUGUA